ACGGGAUGGGAGACGGAGAGGAGGUGCAAGAGAGAUGGAUAAUAAGUGGACUACCCCCUCCCCCCUGCUCCCGUGGAGAGGUAGGGGCAGCCUGAACCCCCCCCCCCAGAUAGAAAAGAAAAGCUUUGUGAAACUUUCCCCCCUCAGAGGGAAGGAGAGGCUCAGAGGAGAGGCAGUCAGGAUUUAAUUUGGUGAGGAAGUCGGACCGAGCGGACCGGGGAGAAGAGCUCGGAGGACAGUUUGUGUCCAGCAGGGUCAUGACUUCCCAGCGUCUGGCGGCUCGUCUCCUGCUCGGAUUAGUCCUGAGGAAACUGUAGCAGCCGCAGCAUCCCUCCGGUCCGCCACCAUGCCCUCCGUCUCCCUCAGCCUGCCCACGGCUCUGGCAGGACCGGCUCGGACCUGGGUCUGCCUGUCCUGCAUGUUCUGGCCGGAGGAGUUGGAGGCGCUCCAUUCUCACACGUUCCGGGUGAAGACCUUCAAGAAGACCAAGCACUGCAGCGCCUGCAAACAGACCAUCGUCCAGGACGGCCUCGUCUGCAGAGUGUGCCGAAUAGCGUGCCACAAGAAAUGUGAAGCCAAGGUAAGAGUCAGAACAAUCCUCACCAGCUCACGCUUCUCCGUCCCAAAGGGAAGCAAAUGUCUUGUUUAAAAGCUGAUUUUACGUUUGUUUAAUUGUUUUAUGGUUCUUCA